GCUGUCUGUACCUCGUACAGUCGAUGGUACAGCAAUGCCUAGCAAGACAGUUCUACCCAAGGCUGAAGAAGCCUUAGCAGGCCGGGAUGAAGCUCUGAAGGUAGCAGCCAAGCACGCUGUAAAUGGAAACUCAACACUGGAGCCAUUCCCAGUAGGACUUGAGUUGGCGAUGUUUGGUAUGGGCUGUUUCUGGGGUGUGGAGCAACUGUUCUGGAAACAAAAGGGGGUCUUCUCUACACAAGUGGGGUAUGCAGGAGGGUUCACGAAGAAUCCCACAUAUGAAGAAGUGUGUACUGGUCUUACUGCACACAUUGAAGUCGUCCGCAUUGUGUUUGACCCCAAAGUGAUCAGUUAUAAAUCUUUGCUGAAACUGUUCUGGGAACAUCACAACCCAACAGAGGGAAUGAAGCAAGGCCAGGAUAUAGGUACUCAGUACCGCUCAGUGAUAUUCACCUAUGGAGAUCAACAGAGAGAAGCCGCUCUUCAGUCAAAAGACAGCUACCAAAAGGGGCUUAGCCAACAUAACCUGGGAGCCAUCACCACUGAGAUCCGUCCCGUUCCACAAUUUUAUUAUGCCGAGGAUUACCACCAGCAAUAUCUGUACAAAAACCCAGAUGGCUAUUGUGGUCUUAAAGGAACUGGAGUGUCCUGUGUGCAGUAAACGUCUGGAUGCUAUUCAUCUGUCUUCCCUUAAUAAAGCUCAUGUACACAUUUGCA